AUGCUCCACCAUCUCAUCGGCGAGCAUGCCUUCGCGUUCGCUCAACGGAACGCCCUCACGUGCGGCGCGCUUGCUGCGCUCGUGGCCCUCGUCAUACUCUUCCGCGACGCCCUCCUCGUCUACGCCAAGUUCGCCUAUGCAUGCUUCCUCAAGCCUCUCGAUCUCGGCAACUCCUCCGAGGUCAAGACGCUUUCCGGCCAACAACGCGCCCUCGAAGGCUUCUACCGCACCCAGGCCAGCAUCUAUGACACCACCCGCGGCACCCUCCUUCACGGGCGCGAAGACAUGCUCCAGCUCGCUGCGGCCCAACUUAAGCACCGGUACCGGAAUAGGGAGACGAAGCCAAUCUGGGUCGAUGUCGGUGGCGGUACGGGCUACAACAUCGAGAAGAUGGGCGCGUUCGUCAGCGUCCCCGACUUCUUCUCCGACGUCUACCUCGUCGACCUCAGCCCCUCCCUCCUCGAUGUCGCCCGCGAACGUUUCCAGCGCCUUGGCUGGACGAACGUGCAUGUCGUAUGCGAAGACGCUCGUACCUUUUCCAUCACCAAACCUGACCCUGCGGGAGCGCUCGAUGGGCAGAAGCACGCGGUGAAAGCCGAUUUCAUUACGAUGUCGUAUUCGCUCAGCAUGAUUCCGGACUUUUACUCGGUCAUCGACUCCCUCAUCGAGCUCCUCGCCCCCCUCGGUCUCAUCGGCUGCGUCGACUUCUACGUCCAGUCCUCGUCCAGUUACUCACUCCGCAACUUCACCGGAGGCCACCACUCAAGGCACGUCAACCGUUUCUCACGUGUCUUCUGGCGCUCCUGGUUCAAACUCGACCGCGUCCACCUUCAUGAAAGCCGCCGCGACUACCUCGAGUACCGCUUCGGCACGAUCCUCAAUGUCAACGAGCGCAACAACACUCUUGGCUGGAUCCCCUACUACAUCUGGCUCGGCUGCCAGCGAUCAGCGACAUACGGCGCGGUCACUGCCAUGGCUCGCGAUGCCGCUGAGCACAUCGAUGCCCUUGCCACCGAGAGCCCAUAUCUCUCCCCUGUACACUACAACGAGAAGCGUUCGGAAGCGCAAGACGCUGCGGCGCGCGAGACGCGCCUCUCGCUCCGUUCGAAGGGCUUCGAAGCCGCCAUCCUUAACCUCGCCACGAAUGUCCCUCUCCCUUCAUUCUUUUAUCAAAACCAGCGCUGGCGCCUCUACUACGACGAAUCGCUCCAGAAGCACGCCCAGUUCGGCAACGAGUACAUCUACGCGUUCACCUGGGAGGAUCCCGCGGAAGACCAGCGGAUCCUCAACAUCAGCCGAGAUGACGUCGUGUUCGCGAUUACCUCCGCCGGCGACAACCUCCUCUCCUACGCCCUCCACCGCCCGCGGAGCAUCCAUGCCGUCGACCUGAACCCGACGCAGAACCACCUCCUUGAGCUCAAGGUCGCCGCAUUCUCCGCUCUGCCCUACGAGGACAUCUGGAAGCUCUUCGGCGAGGGCCGCCAUCCCAACUUCCGCAACCUCCUCCUCACCAAGCUCUCCCCCUUCCUCUCCUCGCGCGCGAUCCAACACUGGCUCGACUCCACCAGCACCUUCACCGCCCGUGGCGGGCUGUACGAGACCGGUGGCUCCCGCCUCGCCGUCAAGCUCGCCAAGUGGUUGUUCCGGCUGACCGGCCAAGCGGGCGCGGUCCGCCGUCUGUGCGACGCGCGCACGCUCGAAGAGCAGCGCGACAUCUGGCGGCACUCGCUGCGCCCGCUCGUGCUCAGCCGCCUUCUGAGCCACGUCGUGCUCGCGGACUCGCGGUUCCUGUGGAAGGCGCUGGGCGUGCCCGAGAACCAGCGGAACAUGAUCGCGGACGACGGGAUCGCGGCCGCGGUGGCGAGGGGCAAGCCGGUGUCGGACAAGGAGGCGGUGUGGCAGUACGUCGUGGACACGCUCGAUCCCGUCGUGGAGAACACGCUGCUCAAGGACAGCAACUACUUCUACCGCCUGUGCUUGCAGGGGCAGUACUCGAAAGAGUGCCGACCAGCAUACCUCACGGAGCAAGCGCACAGGACGCUCUCGAAGCCAGGCGCGUUCGACGGCCUCCGCGUCCACACGGAUGAAUUCGUCGAGGUCCUCGCGCGCAUCAAGCCCGAGACCGUCACUGUCGCCGUGAUCAUGGACCACAUGGACUGGUUCGAGCCCGAGGGCACACAAGCCCCCGCGGAGAUCCGGGCGAUCAACAAGGCCAUGAAGCUCGGCGGGCGCGUCCUCCUCCGCAGCGCGGGCCUCAAACCGUGGUACAUCGCCAAGUUCUCUCAGCAGGGCUUCCGGUGCGAGCGCGUCGCGGAGCGCAAAUCCGGCACGUGCAUCGACAGGGUGAACAUGUACGCGUCGACGUGGCUCUGCACCAAGGUCGCCCCCGACCCGACCGCUGUGGUGGACACGGAAGACGUGAAUCACGUCGAGGCGCUCACAUUGUGA